AUGAGCGCCACGCGGCCCGCCCAACGGCACGGACGCCGAGGAUCACCGCCCGCAGCGCCUAGCACCCCUGGAACCCUAGGCCACGACGCGUAUAAGAGCCCGAGCCGCCGCUCUCCUCUUCUUCCCCACGACGCCGCCGCUCUGCUCCACCACCCAGCGACGCCAAGCACCACCUCGCCCCGGAGCCAGAGCCGCCGCGCCGCGCCGAGCUUCGGCCUCGCCCUCGCCCCGGCCUCCGCGACGACGCCAUCAGACCGCGUGCUCGCCACGGUCGCCACGUCCAGGAGCGACGCCGCGGCGAGUGCUCCCUUUUCGUCGAGCUCCACCACGACAGCGCCACGACCGCCGUGCGUCCUCGACCCGAGCCGCGACGCCGGACUUCGACAGCACCUCGUCAAGCUUCGCCCUCGCGCAUCCGUCGCCGCCGAGCCGAGCGUCGACGCCGAGCGUUCCGCGCUGAGCAGGAGCUUCUCCGAGCCCCUUGCUGACCCCGACACCGAGCUCCGCCUGCGACGUCGCCCGAGCUCCGUCCACGACGUCGGUGCGGUGACCAAGCCCCGCGACCCCGUCCGGCGUCCACGUCCACGUCCUGCCGUGCUGUCCGCGGUCACCGCCUCGUCGCGAAGUCGACUGCGCCAAGCCCAAACGCCCGUCUCGACACGCACGGACUCCGCCGUGGCUGGGAACGCGCGUUCGCCACCGCGUCAAGCACCUCUGCCCCAAACCCCGACGUCGCGCGCGGACGCCGCACCGCAGUGA